CUUGUCAUCAGCUCUAUUCGGUCACUCCUAAUAGUUCAAUUGAAAAAAAAAGCAUGAAUUCUUGAAUGAAAUUUGUUUUCAUUUAACAUUUUAAUUUGCAAGUGAAUACUUAGCAACAAUUCCAUGCAAAAAGUACUAUUAAACUGUGAAUGUGUAUAAGUUUUCACUCAUGCAAUGAUUACUCAAUAUUCCGGUGAACGAUGGUGUUGAGGAAUGCUUGAAUUAUACACUUUAAUCAUCUUUUGUUUAUCGAUAAGAACUGAAACAUACUUCACUGCUGCUGUUUCUCAUACCGACAAUGGAGAAUAUCGAGCUGAUUAUUCUUUUCACUGGAAAACGGAAAUGCGGGAAGGAUUUCAUUUGUGAAAGAUUGAAUAAUCAGCUACAGCCGCAGCUUUGUGAAAUAAUUCGAAUCUCAGAGCCUAUAAAAUCGGAAUGGGCGAAAAAAUUGAAUUUGGAUCUUCAGAUGUUGCUCAGUGACGGACCGUAUAAGGAGAAAUAUCGAAAGGAUAUGAUAGACUGGAGUGAUGAAAUACGAGCCAAGGAUUAUGGGUUUUUCUGUAGGAAAGCUAUUCAAAAAGCAACCAAAAAAAUAAUAAUUGUUAGUGAUAUUCGACGUAGAAAUGAUAUCAAGUACUUUCGUGAUACUUUUGAUGAUCGUAUAAGGACCGUGCGAGUAUCCUGUCCAGAUGAGGUGCGGAUUGCACGCGGAUGGAAAUUCCAAUCAGGAGUUGAUGAUGUCGAGUCUGAAUGCGGUUUGGAUGAUUACACCGAUUGGGAUCUGAAGAUUAUGAACGAUGGAUCAGUAGAUGUUAACCAAAUAAUCGAACAAAUAGUUAAAGAGUUUAAGUUGGAUGAUUAUCUUAUUAUAUAAGCAAUAUUUAUGUAUUUAAUAUUUAUUUCUUUUUUAUACUCUUAAAAUGUUAUUUAUGAUGCUGUUAAGGGAAAAUAUAUUUUAUAG